AUCGUAUGAGGAAACAGGGCAUUCGGGUCAUAUCCCAUCCGGCAACCCGACAACAGAAAAUAUCCGAGGAGAAGAAAAUCAAAUAGAAGAUUGAAAUUGAAAGGUGAAACUGGAAACUGAAACCAAAUCGGAAUCGGAGACCGAUAGAAAAAAGAAAAAGAAAAGAGAUCAGAGACGGAGUAAAUAAUGUCAACGGAGCCUCCACCUUUUCAAGAAGCAGCUCGCUGUGACGUCUGCAAAUGCAGCUUCAACACUUUCCGUCGCCGUCAUCAUUGCCGUUGUUGCGGAAGGACAUUAUGCCAUGAACACUCGUCAAAUCAAAUGGCUUUGCCGCAGUUUGGGAUACUCUCGAAUGCUAGAGUUUGUGCUGAUUGUUUUAACAAUUCUACUCGAUCAGAGAAAGUUGAUGGAGUUGAUUCCAUAACAGAUAAAGUUUCUAGAUUAGACAUUGAUACAGAAAAACAUCCAAAACCAGAACCAACAACACAGAAUCAAUCUGCUGCAGGUGUUAUAGAGUGUAAGUGUGGGAUGCCUUUAUGCAUCUGUGAAGCACCAGCAGCAAAAACAGAUCCGGUUCCCAUGCAGAUAAAACUUUCUUCCACCUUCACAUCCCAGUCGAAUUCAAAACCAAAGAAAACAGAUGCUGUUCCGAAGAACAGAGGCUCCACUUCAAGCAGCAAGCCUAGUUCGGUUUUCAAUCAUGGCCAAAUUACAAAUGGUGCUGUAGAUAAACCUCAGAUGGAUUAUGAAGUCAAUGGAGAGGGUUUAAGGGAAGCCAUAAAGAAUGGUGAUACUGUUGCAGUCAAGAAGCUUUUGAGUGAGGGUGUGGAUGCAAAUUAUCGUGAUAAGCAAGGAAUGUCUUUGCUACAUCUGGCUGCACUUUUUAAUCGAACUGACAUAGCGUUCAUCCUUAUGGACUCCGGGGCAAGCAUGAACUAUAAGAAUGCGCAAGGGGAAACGCCAUUGGACUGCGCUCCUGCAACUUUGCAGUACAAGAUGAAACAGAAAAUGGAGGAAUGUGGACAGCAGGGGCCACAUGCCAGUGUUUGAGAGCUUGCACAUUGUUUAUAUCCUUAAAUCUGCAUGUGCAAGUUGUCUGUUUCCCAAAGAAAUUGUAUUGAUUAAGUUUUGUAUUUGGUCUGUAUACAAUGUAUGUUGUGCAUUCUAGCAGACGAGCUACCAGUCAUCAACUCAUGGACUGUCCGAUACAGCUCCUCUUGCAAGGUAAUAAGAAGUUGUCUUUCUGGGUUUGAA